UUUGAGACAAAGUCUCACCAGGUUGCCCACGAUGAGCUCAAACUUGAGAUCCUCCUGCCCUAACUUCCAGGAGCAUUAGCGUUACAUGCUUUCGCCGUCAGCCCAGCUGGGGUGCACAGCAUUGUCAGUGCCAGCACUGUUGGGUCCCUGGCACAACUGCAUCAUUCAGUGCUCAUGCUGUCCCACGAGCCAGGGCACCCACCUUCGGUCACCACACAGCGGCAGCGGGAAGUGGCCUGGCGCCAGGCCAGGUGCCAGCCUUUUAGAGUCCCUUUUUGUCCUCCUACUGUUCUCAAAGGGCAGAAGAGGAAACUGAGGCCCAGAGAGGAAAAUGGCUUGGCCAGGGUCCUGGGAGUUAGCAGGAGCCCAGGCUACAGCACAGGGACAAAGCUGGGGCCAGGGACAUGUGGGCAGAUGGGGAGGCAGCUCUGCACCAGCCCCCUGUCGUCUCUGCUUCUCUGCCAGGUUCCUGAUGGCCACUCCCAGCAGGGGUGGGCACAUGGGGGGCCAGCGAGACCCCCAGGGGCAUGAGGCAGUCAGGGGCGGGUCCCCUGGGAAGCCAUCCGGGUGGGUGUGGCCUAGGCCCACGUGACCCUGCUGCUGACAUUCCUCAGAGGCCACGUGGCUCCAAGUGGCAGGGACAGCUGCGCACAGGGCUGCAGAGGCAGCUGUGUUCCCAGGGUGGCCCCUGCUCCCAGCCAGGCACCACUUGGCUCCUGCCGGCCGCUGCUUUCCUUCCUGGGGCCCACCCAGGAGGGGUCGUCCCAUGAAGGCCUAAGGGUACGGAGGAGCCACUGGGGUCUCCGUGGGCAAGGGCCGAGGUAGGAUGGGGCAGGACCAGACGAAGCAGCAGAUCGAGAAGGGGCUUCGGCUGUACCAGUCCAACCACACGGAGAAGGCACUGCAGGUGUGGAUGAAGGUGCUGGAGACCAGCCCGGACCCCGCGGGCCGCUUCCGUGUGCUGGGCUGCCUGGUGACGGCCCACUCAGAGAUGGGCCGCUACCGGGAGAUGCUCAAGUUUGCUGUGGUCCAGGUGGAUACCGCCCGUGAGCUGGAGGAUGCGGACUUCCUCCUGGAGAGCUACCUGAACCUGGCCCGCAGCACCGAGAAGCUGUGCGAGUUCCCCAAGACCAUCUCCUACUGCAAGACCUGCCUCAGCCUGCCCGGCACCAUGGCAGGCGCGCGGCUCGGGGGCCAGGUCAGCCUGAGCAUGGGCAACGCCUUCCUAGGCCUGAGCCUCUUCCAGAAGGCCCUGGAGAGCUUCGAGAAGGCCCUGCGCUAUGCCCACAACAACGACGACACCAUGCUGGAGUGCCGCGUGUGCUGCAGCCUGGGCAGCUUCUACGCGCAGGUCAAGGACUAUGAGAAAGCCCUGUUCUUUCCCUGCAAGGCGGCAGAGCUCGUCAACGACUAUGGCAAAGGCUGGAGCCUCAAGUACCGGGCCAUGAGCCAGUACCACAUGGCUGUGGCCUACCGCCUGCUGGGCCACCUGGGCAGCGCCAUGGAGUGUUGUGAGGAGUCCAUGAAGAUUGCACUGCAGCACGGGGACCGGCCACUGCAGGCACUCUGCCUGCUCUGCUUUGCUGACAUCCACCGGAGCCGUGGGGACCUGGAGACCGCCUCCCCCAGGUACGACUCCGCCAUGAGCAUCAUGACCGAGAUUGGAAACCGCCUGGGGCAGGUGCAAGUGCUGCUGGGCGUAACCAAGUGCUGGGUGGCCAGGAAGGCACUGGACAAGGCUCUAGAUGCCAUCGAGAGAGCCCAGGACCUGGCUGAGGAGGUUGGGAACAAGGUCAGAUCUGAAUCUGUCUCAUGGACCAGGGGUUCUGAGGAGAACCCCUCAGACCUGGGCGACCCUGAGCCCUGCCUGACCCCCAGCCCCAGCCCUGGGCGGGGGCGGGGGCGGGGAGGACACGUCAUCCUACGAGGGGAUUCCUCAGAGCCUCUGAGCAUCACUAGUCUCCAGGCGGUGGCUUCCAGUCCCGAGAGCCGGAAGCACAGCUUCAAUAGGUGUCACUUCCUGUCCUGUCUCUCAGGUGGCACCGUGGCCCUGUUACUGAGAAGCCCAGUGCAGCUCAGAGUCACAGAUGUCCCUCACCCGCCCCCUGCCCUGGGUCAGGCCAACCGGGUUCCUUCCACAGCGAAUGUGGCGUCUCCACAUUCAGUGCAUCACCACGUCCAGCCCAGAUGCAGGGCCAGGCUCAGCGGUAUGAGGCUUCCAGAAACCUGCAGUCGCUCCUGGGCCCACUGCGCUCGCCUUUGGCGAUGUAGACUCAGGUUCCUGGGGUCCAGCUGCUAGAAAUGUGGGUGAAGACAGGAAAGAAAGGUGCUGUGGUUAAGGCCAGGCCACAGAUGGGGGCCCUAAAAUCCUCCAGAGAACGAGUAACCGGCAACCUCUGCUCUCCUACCCCAUUCUGCUGGACCGAACCCAGGCCCAGAGAGGCUGGGCGUGCUGGCCCUCUGUCAGGCGGGCAGGCAGGGCAGGGCUGGGCUGCACAGCACCGACCUGGUCCCCGUCCCCGUCCCUUGUCCCCGCCAGCUGAGCCAGCUGCGGCUUCACCGGCUGGCCGAGGACAUCUGCCGCAGCAAGGGGCUGCAGCGGGAGGUGCGCGCCCACGUCGUGCGCUUCCACGCAUGCGUGGAGGAGACCGAGCUCUACUGCGGGCUGUGCGGCGAGGCCAUCGGUGAGCAGA